UCUUCUUUCAUUUCUUUCGGCUUCGUAUUUCCUCUCUCAGUAGCGCCGAAGCUUUCUCACUCUAAGAACUUUCUCUCUCUAGAAUCUAGGGCUGAAUUCUCUGUACUUUACCAUCGGCAACCAUGAAUAUCUUCAGACUCGCCGGCGACAUGACGCAUUUGAUCAGUAUUCUCGUCCUCCUACUCAAAAUUUACGCCACAAAAUCAUGCUCAGGAAUUUCUCUGAAGACCCAAGAGUUGUACACAAUUGUGUUUUUGGCACGAUAUCUGGAUUUGUUCACUGAAUUUAUAUCUGUCUAUAACACCAUUAUGAAGAUAGUGUUUAUUGUGAGCACUUUGGCAAUUGUAUGGUGCAUGAGGUUUCACAGAACUGUUAAGCGGUCAUAUGACCGAGAGCUAGACACUUUCCGUCACUGGAUUCUUAUCGCUGCUAGUUUUGUGUUGGCUCUUUUGAUUCAUGAGAAGUUCACUUUCCUGGAGGUAUUUUGGAGUUUUUCAAUAUACCUGGAGGCAGUUGCUAUUCUUCCACAGUUGGUUCUAUUGCAAAGAAGUGGAAAUGUGGACAAUCUGACUGGACAAUAUGUUUUCUUUCUUGGGGCUUAUCGAUCAUUCUACAUCUUGAACUGGAUUUACCGUUAUUUCACAGAGCCCCAUUUCAGCAGAUGGAUAUCUUGCAUCUCUGGACUUGUCCAAACUGCUCUAUAUGCAGAUUUUUUCUACUACUACUUUAUAAGUUGGAAAAACAAUGCGAAGCUUCAAUUGCCUGCCUGAAACGAUUAUGAUAUAGUGAUAAUUUGACACUUUAUGCGAUUCUGCCGUUGCU